AUGCAAGAAGAGACUGAAGAAGCCCGCCGAUCCAUGCCAAUCAGUCAAGGGCGCGAUCGAUUCCACCUCCGACAGACCGAUCUACCUGGAUCUGAUCGAGACUUCCGUCCUCUCACGCAGCGGGAAAUUUCUUCUCCCGCAUUCCCCCCUAGUCGAGACCCAGAUGUCGCCGAUGAAGGUCGUUUUUCCAACAGAGGCGACAGCGUUGAUGAGUUGCCGGCAGGUGAGACACCUGAGGAUACCGGCUACUACCCAGAUGACGAUGGCUACAUGCCUGGGGAUAAUGAGUUUGCCGGCCACGUUGAGGCUGAGGAAUCAUCACAGAUGAACCCAGAUCUCCCUUCGCCCAGACAUGCAACGGACAUUCGGCCUCCGCUGAGCCAAGCCCUGGCUACGGAUGAGAUUGCACAAGUCCGUCGUGAGGUAGACAGACUUGGCAAAAAACUCCGUGCCAGCGAGACCGAGAGAGAUCGUCUGAUUGAAGAGGUCAAGACUCAUCAGGCCGAGACAAAUAAGGUCUUCAGGGAGAGGCAUGUCGAGGCCAUUCAUGAGUUGAAGGCGACUUACGAGAAGCAACUCCAAGCCUCUAGGUCUGAGAGUUCUAAGACUAUUGCGGCUUUAAAGUCUGAGCAUGCCGAGGUCAUUGAGGCUUUGAAGGCUGAGUUUGCUUCUUUCAAGUCUGGGCUUGACGAUGGCCUCCAGGCUGUGAGGUCUGAGCAGGCAGGUCUUAUCAAAACCCUCCAGGAGGAGAAUGAGAGACUCAGACAGUCAACCCAGGCUUCCGCUCAAACAGCUGAGCCUACAAAUGUUGAGGAAACGGUUGAUCCUGAGAUAUCUGAGCAGCGUGAGUGCUCUCAAGAUACCGAGUCACUGGCAAGUGUCUUGUCGAGGCGGCCUGAGGGAAUAUCCUUUCCUACGUUAGGUCUACGACCCCCAGUGGUCAGGCUUCCUGCCAGUGGAGACGGGACAUUAGCAGGACGCAGUCGGUUUGCCAGGGAGGGAGGCUUUGGCGACUCAGCUUAUAAGCAAUUUUAG